AUGGUGGAAGAAGCUUACCUCUCCAACUCCAGUGGGAAAAUCGUCGGGCACCUGACGUGGCCCCUCCUCGUGGCCGCCAUCCUCGCCUCCUUCGGCUCCUCCAUGCUCUACGGCUACAACCUGGCAGUGGUGAACUCGCCAACCGAGUAUAUAAAAGAUUUCUACAACGCCACCAUCCUGGAACGGUACAACCAGUCCAUGAGUGCCCACGACCUGGUGCUGCUCUAUUCGGUGACUGUCUCCAUCUUCGCUGUGGGUGGGAUGUUUGGCGCCUUGCUCGUUGGCCUGCUGGUGUCCAAGUUUGGCCAGAAGGGCACGCUGGUGUACAGCACGCUCCUGGUGUUCCUGGCCGGGCUACUGAUGGGACUCAGCAGGCUGCUGCGCUCCCCAGAAAUGGUGAUACUGGGGCGCUUCGUGACUGGAAUUCACUCAGGUAUCUCACUCAGUGUUGUCCCAAUGUACUUGGGGGAAAUCGCCCCCAAAAAUCUGCGGGGGUUCUUGGGCUUAAUCCCCACCAUCUUCAUCUGCCUGGGAGUGUUUGCUGCACAGGUGUUGGGCCUGCAGGAGGUGAUGGGGAAGGAGCAGCACUGGCCCCUGCUGCUCUCGCUGGUCGUGGUGCCUGCCCUGGUCGAACUCUUCUUCCUGCCGUGGUUCCCGGAGAGUCCCCGGUACCUGAUGAUUCAGAAGGAGGACCACACAGCCACAGUCAAAGCCCUGAUGUGGUACCGGAGUAAGUCAAGCAUGAACGUUCAGGCAGAAAUUGAGGAGAUGCAGGAAGAGCAGCGAGCCUUGGCGUCCCUGGAGACCAUCACCGUUUGGCAACUCUUGACCGAUCACUCUGUGCGCUGGCAGCUGGCCUCCAUCAUGGUGAUCAACAUUGGCAUGCAGCUAUCCGGGAUCGACGCAAUUUGGUUCUACACCAGCAUCAUAUUCGAGCACUCUGGCAUUCCCGAACCAUAUAUCCAGUACACCACCGUGGGCACAGGGGCCAUCGAAGUGCUGGCAGGACUGAUCGGGAGUUUAAUCAUCGAGAGGGUGGGGAGGCGCCCGCUUCUGAUUGGUGGUUUCAGCUUCAUGGGAUUGUCCAGUGCUGGGAUAACAAUCACGUUACUGCUUCAGGUUCCCUGGAUGCACUACGCCAGUGUCGCCUGUGUAGUGGGGAUCAUCGCCGGCUUCUGCAUCGGACCAGCGGGGGUCCCCUUCCUCAUGACGGCAGAGCUCUUCACCCAGUCCCACCGGCCGGCUGCGUACACCAUCGGAGGUUCUCUCAACUGGCUCUCCAACUUCACAGUGGGUUUUGUCUUCCCAUUCCUGCAGAUGUCUGCUGGUGCCUACUGCUACCUGGUCUUCUGCGGAGUGUGCUGGCUCGUCUGCAUCUAUGUCCACAUUGUCAUUCCCGAAACCAAGAACAAGACCUUCAUGGAGAUCAGCCAGAUGUUCUCCCUCAAACACCCGCCCAGGUCCCGUCUGUUACCCGAUGAGGUCCAGCUGAAGAAGUUCAGUGGAUACGGGACAUUAGAGUCCAGUUCUUCUUUCGUUGAGAGUUCCAGAUUUUUCUAG